GACCCAGCCUGUGAGGUGGUGAGCCUGUAAGCCCCUCGAGCCCCUGGAAAAGGGAAAAACUCAAGGCUCCAGUCAGCUACAGUACCUGGGCUGCUGUUGUGGGGUUUUCUCUUGUGACAGCGUUCCCAUAUCUCUAAUCAUCCAUACCUACCUGACCUUUACCUUUACCUUACCUACUUCUGCCUCAAUCCACGCUGACGCAACAUAACAUCCCCCUUUUACUUCUCCAAAUCUCCAAUCGACCUCGCAUCAAACAAUCGAUCGAAUACUCAAUUAUCCCGGACAAACCGACACAAUGGAUUUCGGAAACUUUGGAACCAACCUUGGCAAGAACCUGUCCAACCUUGGGGCUUCUAUCACCCCCUUUGCGUCGCGCACCUUCCAGUACACCAAGGAGCAGUUCGGUCAAACUGAGGACAAGGUGGGUUGAGCCGUUUUGCACUCUAUCGCGCAGCUGGUAUUCUUACAUGUGGCCUACAGACCCAACUCCCUCCUGACUACAUCGAUCUCGAGAAGCGCGUCGAUGCCCUCAAGCAAGCCCACCAGAAGAUGCUUGCUGUGACCUCUCAGUACUCUAACGAGGCCUACGACUACCCCCCUAACAUCAAGGAGACUUUCCAGGAUCUUGGUCGCACCGUCAGCGAAAAGGUCAGCCUCCUCUCGUCUGCUACCUCUCCCGCCGAAGCUCAGGCUGCCCUCGUCGCUCCUCCUGCCGCCAAGCCUCAGCCUAAGACAUUCAGCCAUGCUGUCGCUCGCGCCAGUCUGGCUAGCAGCCAGCUCCUCCACCAGCACCACACCGGUGCCGGAGAGGACCCCCUCGCAACCGCCCUGGAGAAGUAUGCGCUUGCCAGCGAGCGUGUUGGUGAGGCUCGUCUUGCCCAGGAUGCCCAGAUCCAGAGCCGUUUCCUCGCCGGUUGGAACACUACCCUCAACACCAACUUGACUUUCGCUACCCGCGCCCGCAAGAACGUUGAGAACUCUCGCCUCUCCCUGGAUGCCGUCAAAGCUCACGCCAAGGGUACCACUUUCAAGCUGGGCGGCCAUGCACAUGGCGACCAGCCCCAUGAGGAGCAAGAGUUGAGCCCUGAGGCCCAGGAGGAAAUCGAGAAGGCUGAGGACGAGUUUGUCACUCAGACCGAGGAGGCCGUUGGUGUCAUGAAGAAUGUUCUUGACACACCUGAGCCCCUGCGCAACCUUGCCGAACUUGUCUCCGCUCAGAUUGAGUACCACAAGAAGGCAUACGAGAUUCUCACCGAGCUCGCCCCCGUUAUCGAGGGCCUCCAGUCUGAGCAAGAAGUGCGUCGUGCCUCUGGGUUUUGAGCAUAGACACGUAGAAAGGGGCUGACAUGUUGUGCUAUAGGCCGCUUACCGAAAGAGCCGCGAGGAGUCUUCUUAAGUUAGUGACAAAGGGAUGUGUGAUUUAAUUAUGCGUCGCUCAGACACGCGGCAUGCAAACGCCGAGUCGGACUUUACGUCCAUGAUAUGAGCGAACGCAACGCGUGCUGUGUUUCUUUUUCAGUUUUCUUACGUCAAGAUCCAAGUCAUAUGUCUGGAAGGUAUAAGAUAUUGUCUUGAUUCAGGUAUUGAGAUAUCAACCAACUCAAGAUUUGAGGGCUUCUUUUUUCUCUUUAUACUUGCAACGGACUUUAUGAGUCUAUUGCUAGCUCUAAGAUGUAGAGACCUGGUGAUGUGGUGUGAAUGGAUUCAACGAUAUUAGACCUGCAUGAUCUCGAUCAAUAGUUGACAUGCAAUACUGCGACAUAUUGUCAAUGCAAAAUCCUGAGUUUUCCCUGGCCGUGGUGAAUAUCUUUAACUACAACUACAUAAGGUACCUAUCAUCUGGCAUUGACUCG